UCCUUUGAGACAGACGUCAGCGAUCUCUGCCCUACGCUUCUCUCUCGUCCACUCACUCUGCGUUGACGGUCAUGGCCACGAGAGGAAAGAAGCCUCUGGUGAGAGUCAUCCUCACCGAGUUCGUGCAGACAGAUCCCCAGAAUUUCAAGGCAAUCGUUCAGAAUCUGACCGGAAAAGAUGCGCCGGUUAACGGCAGCUCAACGAAGAGGCCGGCGGCAAACAGAGGGAGAGUAACGGAGUUCCAUGAGGAAGAGUUGAACUUGAUGAGGGCAAAUGAAGACUGCCUCAAUGGUGUUGGUCCGGUGAAGAUGGAGAAUUGGACGGUGGACGACUUUAGGUGGCUCCUGGAGCUGCCAUCGUUGGACGACCAGGCACCGUGGGCCCAGAUGAGACCUUAACCGUCGGCGGCGGCGGCCUUCGACUUGUUAUCAUUCUUUCUGUAGAAUUUUUGCGCCGUCGCUCCUUUUGCAGGAUGCAGCAUUUGUAAACGGUUGACCCAUAUCCAGGUUACUAUACCGUGAUUUGAAAUAGUUGGAUCUCACAUGGAUCUUGGAUCUGUUUUUUUUUUCUUAAGCUAAAUUUGAAUCCGACAUGCAUAAGAUUUGAUCUAUUAUAGAACAUUGA